AUGGCAUCGCGUAGUGAGAUUGUCUUCGCUUCCCUUCUUCUUUUUCUUUCGUGCAUAUCAGAACCCUCGUAUGCAAAUGGCGUCGUCCUCUUCUCCUCUCUGCCCAACACUAUCGAAAUGAUCGUUUCACCCCACAAACCUGAACAGGUUGUGAAACCCGCCGAAGGUAGUUGGACCUUUGGUGGGAUGUUAAAAGCUGGAGAAGACAAACUCAGCAUCUCAUGGCGUCUAAACCAGAGUUUCUCAGCCGGAACCACCGACUCAGCGUACAAGACUGUGAAGGUGAAGCUGUGCUACGCGCCGGUGAGUCAAGUGGACCGCGGGUGGAGGAAGACUGUGGACAACCUCGCCAAGGACAAGACAUGCCAGUUCAAGAUCGAAACUAGGGCAUACAAACAUGGCUCUAGCAAGUGGAAGUACGUAGAUUGGACCAUAAAGCGUGACGUGCCUACUGCCUCGUACUUCGUACGCGCCUACGCGUACGACGGCGCAGGUGUUGCGGUGGCUUACGGCCAAAGCACGGGACCUAAGAAGAACUACAACAUAUUUGAGGUUCAGGGGAUCACCGGACGACACAAGACGCUUGAUGUGGUGUCGAUUUGCUUCAGUGCUUUCUCCGUUUUGUCCUUGGUUGGCUUCUUUGUUAUUGAAAAGACCAGGGCAAAGCCGACCUAA